UGACCUUUCACCCACCACAGUACCGUCACACAGUCCGGACAGUCAUGCGUUCGUUAACAGCGUGUGACUGACAGGCCGUUGCUCAGUCAGCCGGCUUUCACCGUUUACCGGAUCCGUUAACCGCUUCGAGGAGCGGCAAGCUAGCUAGCGGUCAGUUAGCAGCUAAUAGAAGAUGGACGAGUUUCUGUCGAGCUGUCGCCGAGCCGUGCAGGCACAGCUGAACACGGAUCAGGCUGGUUCAGGCUUCCAUGUUGUCCUGGGGAAUGAAGCCUGUGACGUGGACUCCAUGGUGUGUGCUCUGACCUAUGCCUACUUCCUGUCCAAGACUGCACAGAGUGAGAUGCUCGCGCUCCCCGUGCUGAACAUCCGUCAGUCAGACUUGGUGCUGCGUUCAGACAACGUCUUCCUGCUGCGACAGAUUGGUUUGUCUCCAGAUCUUCUGCUGUUCAGAGACCAGAUGGACCUGCGAGCGCUGCAGCGAGCUGGACGCCUGCAGCUGACGCUGGUUGACCACAACGUCCUGCCCAGUUCAGACAGCGGCCUGGAGGGGGCGGUGGUGCAAGUGAUUGACCAUCACCUGUUGGAGAGGGAGCCCUCGCCGUCCUGCUCUGUUACCGUGGAAAUGGUGGGAUCCUGUGCUACCUUGGUAACAGAACGCAUCAUCCAGAAAGCUCCAGAAAUCCUGGACCUGCAGGUUGCUCAGCUGCUUUACGGUGCCGUGGUGCUGGACUGUGUCAACAUGGCUCCCUCAGCAGGUAAAGUGACUCCUAAAGACGCUCAGUUUGCUGCAGCGUUGGAGACUCGAUUCCCCGCUCUGCCACCGAGAGACGCUCUUUUCCAGAAUCUGAACGACGCCAAGUUUGAUGUCUCAGGUCUGAACACUGAGCAGAUGUUGUUAAAGGACAUGAAGUCUGUUUCAGGAAGUUUGAAUCUCGCCAUCUCAGUUCUGUACAUCAACCUGGAGGACUUCCUGCACAGGGCGGAGCUGGGGGCGGAGCUCUCAGGUUUCUGUCUGAAGUUUGGAUUCGAUCUGCUGCUGCUGAUGACCAUCUCCUUCACUGAGAGCAAAGAGCCAAUCAGAGAGCUCGCUGUGUUCAGCCACAGCACAACCUGCAGGGAGGAGGUGAGCCUCUAUCUGGAACAGGCCCGUAACCCCGCCCUCAACCUCUGUCCAAUCAGCAGCCCCCAUCCUCACAUCACAGCCUAUCAACAAGGAAACUCUCUGGCGUCUCGUAAGAAGCUCCUCCCCAUCGUCAAGGACUUUCUGAAGGAGAGGGAUGCUGAUGGUUGCCUGGGAGACGGUCGCCUGGGAGAUGAGGAGGAGGAGGAGUCUCGGGUUCCUCCGACGCCGAUGAACAGUCUGGUGGAGGGCUGUCCUCUAGACGAUGGCCUGCCAAGCAUCAGCCCUCAGGACCUGGAGGACAAGUUCAACAAGAUGGCCGACCGAGGAGGGAAGUGACCCCUGACCUCGGACCUGUCGGUCAUCAGGACAGCUGUCUGCCAGGCAGGGAGGACGCAUCACACGUGAGGAUGGGAAUGAUGAAGGUACCACAGACACAAAGAGGGCCGUUUGUACUGACACUGACUCCAACACAGUUUUAUUAUCAGAAGCAACGUCUGAAAACGUCUGGCCGAGCAGCAAGCCAAGGCCAGUCUUUCAAAAUAAAAUGUUAAACACGGAUUUCCUCUCUGACACGCCUGAACCCGUUUACCUUCCCGCUGGUGAUGUCACCACGGACAGGAGAACGAGACAAUCAAAAGAUUCCCAGUGUUACAAGUCUGGAAUAACAUCAGCACAGAGGAGUGUUUAAAUAAAGUUUAGAGAAUGUGAAAGUACAUUUGUUUGUCUCUUCACAGAAAAACGUGAUUCUUUUGUUUAAUUUAAUCACCUUUCUUGUGUCGUCAUCAUCACUUCAAAAUCUCAGUCAGUGAAAGAGUUGAUUUCGAUCAGUCACACUGCAGGGAGUCUGGUCUCCGGGUCGGUUAUGAUCUGAAUCUGCAGUCAGGACCAACUUCACACCAAGCUCGCUUCACGUUUUCGAGCAAACCAAACGGUGACGUGUUUGCUGUCUGCAGGUUCGGACAAAAAUGAGAGCAGAGGGCUGAACUACAAAGAGAGAAGAGUUUUCACGCUCCUCCUUCAACCUGUUAAAUCACCAGAGUCGCUGGUGCUGCACACCUGGCCUCGUCUGGAGGAAGUCAUGUUCAGACUUUCAGAUUAAAAUCAGAUUAACUUUUUCCCUGACCAUAUUCUCAUCUGAGGGCACCUGCUGAGCUGCUGGUUCUUACUGUCACUGGAUGAUGCAGCUUGUGUUGGUUUGUUGCCAAGGUAACAUGCUGUCAUAUGACACCUGCAUGUGAUGUCACUUCUUGUGUCACUUCAGCCGGUCUGAGCGAGUCAGACUCGCUGCUCUGAAACUCGACACUUCCUGUUGAUGUUUCACAAUAAGUAUUUUAAGGAAGAGAAGGUGGACCACUGAAGGGAUUUUAUUGUGAAACGGACGGGAAGUAAUGUGUUUGCAGCAACAGGAAAUAAAAGGGGAACCUAUGAGUGUGCUUUCUGUGAUAGCAUCAGAAAUUAGUUUUUAUUUUUAGGGGAUUUCAGCUCAUCUGUCGUCUGAGGUGCUGCAGCAGCCUGCUGACCUUUGACCCCAAACACCAUCAUUCACUUCCUGUUUUGUUUUUUUAUUAGCUUGUUGUUUUUCUUUCUAAAGGUGCAUUACAACCUUUCAAGUCACAUUACAGCCAUCUGCUGCUGACGAUUUGUUAUUUUCACAUUCUGAAAUCUGUUUCUAGCAGCUAGCAGUUCAGAGACUCAUUAAGAAAACUGUCAAAAAACAAAAUACACUAAAUAAUACAAUAAUUAUUACUAAUGAUAUUUAGAAAUAAAUAAAUGUGUUCAGUUCUUCAGGUUGAGAGCUGUUGCUUGUAGCAUCGUUGUUAAUGAAUUCGAUAUCCUUUCAGUCACACUGAAGAUAAAAUUUUUGACUUUUUAUUCAGAAUUAUUCUCAUUAUACUGAGGACCAUCAGUCAAAGUCUAAAAAAUGUAAAAUUGAGAUUUGAAAAAAAUUAAAACCAUUGUGACUAUUUAA